CCCUUCAAACUGUUUAAGUUGUAUAAUUUAAGUAUUGUAAUAUUUGCUUGUGCUUGUGUAAUCUUCAUGAAUUAUGAGAAUGACAUCAAAUGCAUAAUAAUAAUGAACUUAUUGUAGUUCAAUGGCGCCCUAAUCUCAGUAGCCAUUUUCUUCUGAGAACACCCAGUUUGGAACAAUAUAACAAUUAAAAAAGUACUGAAAUAUUAUUUGUAUAAAGUCAAAUGAGGUAAAACUGUAAAGUGGGGGGGUUAAACACAUCCAUUUUAUUUUAUUUUCCCCCUUCAAACUGUUUAAGUUGUAUAAUAAGUUAAGUAUUGUAACGUUUUACAACCGCUCCAGUUGUGUUUUGCCUGCUUUUAAAAAUGGGGUUCACGCCACGAGACCGCAUUGUGAACUCCGUUUCCCAUAAUGCAAUUCGACGCCAUCUUCCGAACCGCCUAGCUAGCACUUUUACGAGGCUUUGUUUUUUGACGCGUGGACGCUUCAAUUGUCCACGAAGUCUACCAUUACUUUGUUUUUUUUCUUUUUUUGUAGUAUUGUAAGAUGAAUUAUGAGCCAAAAAUGGAGUAUAAGUGGAACCGAAUUACGCGUGUCAAGAAAAGAGAUGAAAACGGAAGGAAGGAGACAAUGCCGCUACAAAACAUUUACGUUUGGAGGCUUGUGAGUUUCACAAUGUGUUUUUUUGUGGUAUUUUGCUUACGUAGGCACCGGCUGCUCUCUUGGGUGAAAAGAAAGGAAGUACUUUUUAGUCACGGGUUCUCAAAGCCACUCAUAAUCACAGCUUGAGGAGUCAUCUUUGCAUCCGAGGCGUGGACGUUACAAAGAUCGUUUAAUAGCCUCCAGAGCACCCGUUGUUUAUUUGUACUAGGACUAUUAUAAAUAAAGCUAUAUUUAAAAAGUCAUCAUGGAAGAGUCUGUACCCGCGGAGAGGACUUUGACAGUGUGCAGGCGUUUGUGUUACGCCGCCGGACAUUUUUUAAAUGACUUAUGCGCCUCGAUGUGGUUCACCUACCUCCUGGUCUACCUGCAUUCCAUCCUGGGCUUACAGAGCACCUUUGCAGGUGUGCUGCUGCUCGUCGGCCAGGUUGCAGACGGUGUGUGCACGCCUCUGGUCGGGUAUGAAUCUGACAGAUCCACUGGCAGACAAGGGAAGAGAAAAAACUGGCAUUUGCUGGGAACCAUUUGUGUUCUUCUGUCGUUUCCUUUCAUUUUCAACCCGUGCUUGGCCUGCUCCGCUAACACCCCCCAAUGGGCCGAGGUCAUCUACUUCGUCCCCUUCAUCGUCAUCUUCCAGUUCGGAUGGGCGGCCACUCAGAUCUCACACCUGUCCCUCAUUCCGGAGCUGGUGUCUGGUGAUAGCGCCAAGGUGGAGCUCACGGCGUACAGAUACGCCUUCACUGUGGUGGCCAACAUCACGGUGUACGCUGUGGCCUGGUUGCUCUUUCAUUUCCAGUCUCAACAUGACAUAGACACCACAGACAACCUGGGCCAGGCCGACGUCCCUCUGUUUAGGAUGCUGGCUUUCAUCCUACUGGCCAUUGGAGCAGUGUUCUCCUUAAUAUUCCACGUCGGCACUAAGGAGAAGUCAGACGAAGAAGAUCAGCUGAUCAGUAGUUCCCCGGAUGAGGAAGCGUCGCCUCUCAGAGUGUUUCAGUGGAAACACUGGCUAAAAGAGCCUUCUUUCUACCAGGUGGCCUUUCUCUACAUGUGCACCAGACUGAUAGCCAACCUGUCCCAGUCGUACAUCUCUGUUUACCUGACCAACUCCCUGAUGCUACCAAAGAACUUUAUUGCCAUUAUACCGCUGGUGAUGUACGUCAGCGGAUUCGUUAGCUCGCUGGCUAUGAAGCCCAUCAGCAAGCUUGUAGGCAUCAGCAUGAUGUAUUUUGCCGGCCUGCUGCUGGUGAUCGGCUUUGCCAUCUGGGUGAUUCUGGACAAAAACAUGGGAGCCGACAGCAUCUACGGCGCGGCGGUGCUUCUGGGGGCUGGGUCAGCCAUCAUCCUGGUCAUGUCUCUGUCCAUGACCGCCAAACUCAUCGGGGAGCAUACGCAAAGUGGAGCCUUUGUUUACGGCUCAAUGAGCUUCACAGACAAGGUAGCCAAUGGCGUGGGAGUCAUCGUCAUCCAGAGCAUCAGGCCAUGCAGCACAGAGGCGUGCUGCCCAGCGUGUAUAUGGUUUUAUCGCGAUGUCAUGGUAACAGUAACCGGGGGCGUGGCUGUGGCUGCAACACUUUGUCUGGUAACAAUUCUCAUCUGGCCAAUCAAGACCAGGAAAACCGCAUCAUGAUGAUAUAUCAUUAUUACAUUGUGCAUAUAUAUCGAUUUGCCACAAUUCCAAUUGAUGUUAUAUACAUGUGUGUCUUUUUGGAUGCCUUUAUUAUACUAAAUUAUAUUUGUGCAUAAUUGUUUUAUUUGUUGUUUUUACUGAGUAUUCUUAUUUUUUACAAGUGAAAUGAAAUGUUUUCAAAGGUCAAACCCUAACGAAUGAAUAUACUGUAUGUAACCUCAUGUCCUGUCAAGUUGUAAAGAUGAAAGACACAAGAUUAUUAUAUUAUUUUCAAAGAAACUGACUUGCAGCUAUGUACAAUUAAACACACUAAAAGCCAAACAAUAAAAGCUAUU